GCCAGACCCCUCUCGAUCACGCCCAUCCCAGCCAAUCCACUCGAUCGCUGAGCCUGCACGCACGAUGGCGGCCCGCAACGCGCCGCUGCUGAGGGCCCUUCUGGUGGCCACGCUGGCCUCCUUCCUCCUGAUGCAGGGAGUGGCCGGCGUGUUCGAGCCCUGCUUCUGCUCCUGCUACAACGACUGCAAGCGCAACAACCCUCACCUCCCCAACGCCAAGGUGAAGUGCCACUGGUGGUGCUUCGAAGACAGCAGGUGCAGCUUCAGCUGCAAGAACCGCGGUCACAGCGGGCAGGCCUCCAGCGAUGACGACGUGGUUGUGGCCAUGGUGAAUGGCACUGGAGCUGGAGGGGGCGUUGCUGCCGGCGGUGGCAGUCUGGGCAUGGUGAAUGGCACUGGAGAGGGAGCCGCUCCUUGAGAGCUGGACGGGGCUGCAUGCAUGGAGAAUGGAGGCUGACUGCUGUCUGCUGAGAAGGACAGACAUAAUCUGGUGGCCGUAAAGGCCAGCUGAGAGUAUUACUAGCUAGUAGUAAGAAUAAAAAUGCAUGCUUGUGAUGAGAUCUGUUCUCCAUUCUGGAAGGGUCGUGUUGGAUGUGAUUAUAUAUCUGGACUUGAUCACUGAGAACAACUCUCUGUGUGUGCCUGUCGUUUUAUAUGCUUGAGCUUGAUGAACGUUUUAGAGAAAAA